AUGGGUGCGGGAUUUCACGUGAUUCCGGACGCGGGUGUGGUGUACGCGUCGACCAAGGUCGAGAUACACGGGUCAGGGUACGCGCAGGCGUAUCUACCGCCGUUAGGGUGUAGGUUCGGCGAGGUGGUCGUGGACAAAGAUGCGAGCUCGAGCACGUCAGAGAAGAUUGAGUGUCCAAACGUGACGAGCGCCCUUGCGGGCUUCGUCGCGGUGGGAAUAGCGCAGUAUACGAACAGAAGAUACGUUCCCGGCGCGGACGAUGUCGUGGUCUCGAAAUCACUAGACGUCUCCUUCGAGUUUGUGAAGCCGUGGAAGUUGACGUGGGUAAAUCCGGAAUACGUGUACAAGAGCGGCGGCGAGACUCUGCGACUCACAGGACAGCAUUUCCGCCCCGGGAUGCAGUGUACGUUCGUGGAAUCAUCUCUUACCUCAGGGUUUAGAUUUGUGUCGUCCGCCCUGGCGACGUGCGAGACGCGCGCAUCGAGCGAGAGCACGGGCACGGUGGACCUUAGUCUCACGCCGGCGCAUGCCGUUGGUGGCACCACAGCCGGUGUUGAUUAUCAAGUUGCACCCAUAAUCGACGGUCCGGUGGAGUCCACCUCGGCGAUUGGGAGCGAUGUCACGAUUCAGGCCUCGAAUUUGGCGUCCUUUAACGGCGCAAGCGCAUCAUUCACAGCGAGUCCGGUGCGGAUUGGAUGUUGGUUUAAUGGUAUUUGGGUUGAAGCAACGCUCGUGAGUACUCGAGCGCUGAAGUGCACGACACCCAACGUCGUCAAGGGUGAUGUAUCACUGAGCGUCAUGGAUAUGUAUUCUCAGAGAAUGUUCCCUACGAACUCGUCGCAGACGGGAUGGUUCACGACAUUCUCUGUCUUAGAGGGUGAAACCAUUGACCACAUUAUUCCUGAGAUCGGGAGCGCUAUGCGAAGUUCGCCAGCUGAUUCUUCAACCCUCAUAGAAUUUUAUGGAGACGCUUUAAUAGCUGGCUCUCGAUCGAUUGCGGCACGAAUAUGCAAGACGUUGAACCCAGAGACGCUCCCUGUGUUACUGCCUGUGUUGGUAACGGGUCAAAGCAAGAGUAAGUGUGACUUCCCCACGGAGCCUAGCGAGACAGUUGCGCUCGAAACAUUGACAUAUGGCUUCCAUGCAGUACUGCAGGGUGUGGUACGGCACCCCGGGGCGCAGUUCCAAGUCGUAUCUCCGCCCCAAGUGACGUCAGUGGUACCAGGAUUCCUUAGAGAGGCGACGAUUGCGACGUUUUCUGGACAGAACUUGAAGAAUGAAUGGUCACCGACAAAGUGCACUUUCGAUGGAACAUCUUCUGAUGCGUACGUUAUUUCGAGUGCUCUCUUGCGAUGUAUCAUACCUCUUUAUGACGAUCUCCCCUUGGGAUCUUCAACUUCGGCGCACACAAUUGUUUUGGGGGUGACUUUUAACGUGCUGACGAGCGCGGCGGGAGUGUCGUCAAUCGCGUGGGUGCCGAUCGCAAGCAAUUUGGCUAGCAUCACACCAAGUGUGGGGGCAACCAGUGGAGGUACUAGGACCGUCUUAAAACUGAGUGGAGAAACUAUUCCGACCGCCUCGUACUAUACACCGUCCUGUAGAUUUGGAACCAUAGUGACUUCAGCGAUACAUGUGCCGGGAGGCGGGGUGGCUUGCACUUCACCUGCCCAUGUUUCGCAGAACGUUACUGUUGGGAUUGACGAGGAGUCGGCGGUGGAGUUUCAAUAUGUCCCUGAUAUUGUCGUGACCUCUGUCAGUCCUCCGGCGCUUCCACAAACCGGUGGAUACCUCAGUGUUUAUCUGGAAUCAGCUCUGAACUAUUCGUAUUCCGCAGAAUGUGUCUUUGUGACGAGUGGUGGAGACAAGGUGAAGACUUCUCUUGCCGUAGAUGCCAACGACGGAGUGCUCAAGUGCGAAGCACCUGAAACCGGCAUCGGAUUCGCCACCAUGGCAGUUGUCUUUGCAACGACGAGUAUGAAUAACACAGCGUUCAUUGAUGAAGCUGCAGGUAACUACGUGGAGAUUGAAGUGCGAGUUGCAACGCCGUCUGUAGACGUUUUCCUUCCAACCGGGGCGAACUGGGUUUAUGCCGAGGACGUGAUCCAUGUGACGACGUCCGACGGCUCUCUGCUCGGUGGAAGCGCGGAAUUCGGGGGUUAUUUAUGUUCUUUUAUUCGAGCCGCGCAGAGCGGUGGAUCGGUAUAUGUUUCCACAGCGACGAAGUUGUCAGCUGCGAUGCUUAAGUGCGAGGUACCCGAUAUGGACACGUUGGUGCCGGCAGCAGAAAGUGGCUUCGAGGUUUUGGUAAGUAUUUGUACGGAAAAUGAGUUUCUCGUGGGUCAGUGUACCAGUCUAGCGGGCACGCGCUUGAGGUACGAAAAGAAGAUGAAUGUCACGUCAAUAUCACCAGUCAACGGUACGGAGGCAGGGGGCGAUCUUGUGGUGUUGGUUGAUUCCGCGACCAUAAAGGGUUUCGGCGCAAACGUGCCAAGUUGCAGGUUUGGUACCAUCUACCCCGUCUCGGCGAGUGGUGUCGUAGGGGUGUCUGCAGCAGGUGAGCUACAGUGUACGACUCCGGCUCACGUUGCUGGGAUUGUUCCUGUGAGUGUGCCUCCGCUUGGCAUCGGAUUUGCAGCGCUCACAUUCACGUACACGACCGUGGGAACUACGCAGUCAGACGUGAAGGAGACGAUGGGUAACGAUCCUUACGUGAGUGCAUCUCUUACGCCACCAAACCCGAUGAUCACAGAGGUCUCGCCGUGGGUCGGUUGGAGUGGAACCGUCAUCACAUUGACCGGGACGCAUUUACCGAUUGGCCCAGACGUCAAGUGCAAGUUUGGAGCAGUUUCAGUGGAUGCUCAGGUGGUCUCGACGGCGCUGAUUCGUUGCGGUACUAUAGUUCCAGUCACUGAUUAUGAGGUCGAAGAGCAAUUAGUGGCGGUGACGACGAGCACCGGCGAUGAUAAUCCAAAUGUGACGGCUAUAUCGCACUACGUAACCACUCGUGGAGAUAUUUUGGAGGCUGACGCGACAGACGGAUGGCAACAAGGUGGUAACACUGUUCACGUGAGCAUCGCAAAAUGGGUCCCCGAAGGUUAUACAACGUGUUUAUUUGGCACAAUAUCAGUGCAAAGUCGAGGAGGGGACGGAUACGGGGCGAUUGGCAAGGCCUCUCUUUCUCGUUUGUCGCAGUGGUGGAGCGACUCGACCGACGGCACAGAAAUUGAAUGCGUUUCUCCAGCACAGGGUCCGGGGACUGUGGAGUUCGGGGUGUCGAUUUCAGGAUCAACGAUCAAGUCAUACAACGGAACGACUUUCACGUACAUUUAG